GGCGGCGGUUCAGCCCGGCCCAGUUCGGCCCCGCCGCCGCCUCGACCACACCGACCCAGCUCUGCCGCAGCCCCGACCCCACGGCAGCCUCCAUGCCCCGCCUCGGAGCCAAGGUGUCCCUGUUCCGCUGCACCCUGCUCUCCUCCCUCCUCCUCCUUCUGGUCUGUAGCAUCCAUGAGACUGAGCAGAACAGUUACUGCCAGCAGAUCAUCACGGAGAGGCACCUGGCUGAGCUGGAGGAGCUGGCUGACACCCAGAUGCAGCACCCGGGCAGGGUCUCCUUCAAGUUCAUCGAUAAGAUGCAGCUGAACGACUCUGUCUGCUACGUUAAAGCUGCUUUUCCUCUGCUGGGUAAGAUCCUGGAGAGGACGGAGUUCAAGGAGAACUCUUCCAAUGCCAAGAAGAUGCAGACGGUGCGCAGGAUGUACAGCAGCAUCGAUGAGAAUGUUGACCCCUGCAUCAGGGAUGAGGAUGAUGAGGAGAGAAAGCUGUCCCAAAUGUGCUUUGAGGAGUUCACCACCUCCCCCUAUGAGAUGCUGGUGCUGGUGAAAGAGUUUUUCCAAGACAUCAACCAGCUGCUGCAGAACCAGGAGAGCUUUGAGAAGGAUUGCAGCCAGGUCUAUCGCAGGGCGUGCUUGGGACCCAGGAAAGCUGCAUCCUCUCCAGGUGUGGGGACAGAUCCUGACUGCAAUUGCCUGUCCCCUGCCCUCCCUCCUGCCACCCAGCCGUCCCUCUCUGCUGCCACCCAUGUCGGCAGCGAGGUGGCACCCGCUAGCACCCAGCUCCCUUACAGCCACCUCCAUGCCACCCUCGCUGUCUUAGACGCCCUCUCCCAGCCCCCCAGUAGCAUGGACGGUGGCUCCGGGACCGAGGAGGUCCUGGGUGCCGGGGUGGGUGACACGGUGUCCGUGCCAUCUCCCCUCCUCACCACGCAGCAGCAGCAGCAGCAGCAGCAGACGGCUCCAUCCGACGGCACCAAAACCCCCCGGGAACCACCUGGGACCCUCAGCCUGGCAGCGCUGGACGUCCCCAUCCUACGUGGGGAUGGAGCCCUGGUAGAGGAGGGCACCACCGGAGCGGUGCUCAACCCCCCGCUCCCCCCGCGGCAGCAGCCGGGAGCACCCAUCCUGCCGGACCACCCUGCCGGGCUCAGGACCACCAGACCGGCACCGUCUCCCGGUGCAGGGGGCAGGAUCCGUCCUGCCGAAGCCUCCCAGCCCGUCGGCCAACUGCGCUUCACCAGGAUGGCCCCGGGGAUGAUGCGGGACCCGGUCCCGGGCGGCCCCGGGGAUGGGGCGAGAGGCGGGGGGCUGAGCCGGCUGCGGGAGCCCCAGGACCCGCCCGGGCCCGGCUUUGACUCCGGGUUUGUUCUGAGCGCAGAGCAGCGCAGGAAGGAGCCGCCCCCCAGGGAGGGCCGCCGGGAGCCCCUGCUUUACAUCACGGUGGCCAGCGUGGUGGCCGUCUUGCUGGCCAUGGGAGGGCUCCUCUUCUACAAGUAUAAAUCCAGGGUCCUGGAGCGGUCGCUGGAUGAAGGGGACACAGACCCCGAGGAGCCACAGAGGAGGGCACUACAGGGAGCGAGGGGAUGUCCAGAGCUGGAGACUGAGGACCUCUAAGGGCCCAAUGUCAAGCUGCUCGGGGGAUGGAUCCAGAUGCUCCUGGGAAGGAGGGUCGGGAUGUUCUGCUCCCUCCAGUCCUGCCACACACCGGGGCUGCCCUCUCCCUCCCUGCUGGCCAGAGACUGCCAAAAAA